UUUUUUUUUUCGUAGCACUUUGAGAUUGUGAGAGGCGGCCAAACAAAGCCCACGCCAUGCUGAUUAAUGCCAUUCUCAUCCUUAUUUUUUCAACAUUAUGUACAGCCUCGACUUCUCGCUUAUUUAAAUACCUUGGGGAUACACCCUACCAAAACCAAUCCUCUGUCUCCUCCACCAUAACCACACCACUACGUAUUCAACGAGAUCUCGGUGCCAACGUAACCAUUGACCAGCUAAUAUGGCCCACACUCUCACUCUCCUCUGCCUAUUUUCAAGACAAUUAUUCAUUUGCUCGAUUAUCGGGUGUGAGGGAUAUACUUGACAUGGGUUACAAACGAUUGAUUUUGGAUAUCUAUUGGGACCAGUUGGACUGGCAAUUAUGUCCUUUUCCGCUUCAGUCCAUACCUGAUGAUACUACAUGCUCCAGUAACGCCACGCUCGCUCAAUUUCUCUCCAUUGUCAACGAGUAUUUAGUUUCAACCGAGACAGCACGUAUGGCAACCAAAACAGACCUUGUUUUUAUUGUUUUAAAUCUGCAUGACUUAAGUACAAACACAAACACAACAGAUUCUAAUUUAGCAGAGAUUAUCCAGAAUUCCAUUUCAAAUACAACAUCUGCACCUCGGAUUUAUACGCCUUUCAACUUGACCACGGAUCGUUUAGACAUGAACCUUUCGUUUUUUGCGAACGGAAGACAAUCCUAUUUCCUGCUUUUGCAACAACAACAAUCUAAUGUAUGGCCUCAAUGGCUUUAUUUGAUUCAGAAUAAUGUGCAAUUGCUUGUAGGGUUCGGUACCUUGCCUACCGGCAAAACUUCUUACCGCCUCACCUCAUUGGACAAUCAUACUAUUUUUGACUCUACAAGUCUUGUUCGUGGCGUGACAUUCCAGAGUUGCCCUCAAAAUCAUUCAUGGGCAUUUGCUAGUGACAUGAAUCAAACUUCAUUUACUUAUACAACAGCUGUCAAUGUGACAGAAUGCGGUUAUUCACCUUAUUUUACCUCGAGCAAUUAUUCCACAAAUAAGUCCAUUGCUUCUGAUUUCGAUCGUGGUCAUUUAGCAGACAAUAUAUUGUCUACUAUCUGGUCAUGGGAUAUCAAUGAACCUCAGGCCAACAAAGACAAGCGAUGUGCAGCCAUGCUUUUACAUAAUGGACGCUGGAAGGCAACUGAUUGUUCUGAACAAUACCGAGUUGCUUGUCGAUCACUGGAUGAUCCAGAUACAUGGAUGAUCACACAAGACAUUUAUUCUUAUGACCGUUCCAUGACCUCUUGUCCUGACAAUUACACCUUUGAUGUCCCUCAUAUACCAAGACAAAAUACGAUAUUAAAACGUUUGCUUGAUCAGACUGAUAUUGAACAAGACAGAGUUUGGAUCAAUUUGAAUUGGGCUUAUAAUGAAGACUCAUGUUGGGUCAUUGGUCGAUAUGGAACAUGUUGGUGGGCAGAUGAUAACGGACAAGCAUUUCUAGGCUUAAUUCGGACGUCUGUUGUGAGUGGUGUGAUUAUUUUGAUUCUUGUAGGUAUCUUUACGUGGGUCAAAUGCGCUCGAUUAUGGAGAAACAGAAACUCAAAGUCUCGUAAAGCCAUGGUGAAGAAGAUGUUGGCCAAAAGAGAAUAUGUCACUAUUCCUGCAUAAUGUGUACAUAGAUAGAUAGAUAGAUAGAUAGAUAG